CCGACAAAACCGGAAGUUGAAUAUUUGAGCAUGAUUCAGUAAAUUUUUUUUGUGAUAGUGCUAUCUUCUACACUACAAAAACUACAGUGAACAUGCUACCAACAGACCCUUCUAAAAUUUCUAAAGUUGUGGUUCAUCCACUCGUUCUUUUGAGUGUGGUAGAUCAUUUUAAUAGAAUGGGAAAGGUUGGGAAUAUGAAAAGAGUUGUCGGAGUCCUUCUUGGGGCAAACCGGCAAGGUGUCCUCGAUGUCUCCAAUAGUUUUGCAGUUCCAUUUGAUGAAGAUGACAAAGACAGAUCCGUGUGGUUUUUGGACCAUGACUAUUUAGAAAACAUGUAUAGCAUGUUUAAAAAGGUCAAUGCUCGUGAGAGAGUUGUUGGUUGGUACCACACUGGCCCCAAACUUCACCAGAAUGAUGUUGCUGUAAAUGAAUUGAUGCGGCGAUAUUGUCCCAAUUCUGUAUUAGUUGUGAUUGAUGCCAAGCCUAAAGAUUUAGGAUUACCUACAGAAGCUUACAUUUCAGUAGAGGAAGUCCAUGAUGAUGGAACUCCAACAUCAAAAACAUUUGACCAUGUUCCAAGUGAAAUAGGUGCUGAGGAAGCAGAAGAAGUUGGAGUAGAACAUCUACUUAGAGACAUUAAAGAUACAUCAGUUGGCUCACUGUCCCAGAGGAUUACAAACCAACUGAUGGGACUGAAAGGUCUUCACUCUCACAUCACUGAUAUUAAUUCCUAUCUACAGAAAGUAUCAUCAGGUCAACUACCAGUCAAUCAUCAAAUCAUUUAUCAGCUGCAAGAUGUGUUUAAUUUACUGCCAGACGUUAAUCUGCAGGACUUUGUGAAGUCUGUUUAUGUGAAAACCAAUGAUCAGAUGUUGGUUGUUUAUCUUGCUUCGCUGAUCCGAUCUGUCAUUGCAUUGCAUAAUCUAAUAAGUAAUAAAGUACAAAAUCGCGAUGCAGAGAAAAAUGAAGGAAAAGAUAUAUCCAAAGAUAAAAAAGACAUAAAAAAAGAUGAAAAAGAUGGAGAAAAGAAAGAUUCUCAAAAAGGAAAGAGCACUGAAAAAAGUGACAUAAAAUCUGGAAGUAAAUCCACUGGUAAAAAGUAGCUAUUUAAGUAUUUGUAUUUGUUUCAAUAAAGAAUUAAAUUUAUAA